UUGUCUGUCUCCAGUUGGUUUGACGCAGCUCGGAGAAGUCACCGCACCGCCCCUGUCGCUCCAGCUGUUCCCACCGCUGUCCGCCUGCUGUCUCCCCGCUGCUCGCUGCUGCUGCCGCCUGCCCUCAUUUCCAAUGCAGCAGCGACCAUGACAGGCAUCGCCGCUGCUUCUUUCUUUUCCAACGCUUGCAGGUUCGGGGGCUGCGGACUUCACUUCGACUCUCUGGCCGAGCUCAUCGUGCACAUCGAGGAUAACCACAUCGAUACAGACCCCCGUCAGCUGGAGAAGCAGGAGCAGCAGCAGCCGACAUAUGUUGCCCUCAGCUACAUCAACAGGUUCAUGACAGAUGCUGCGCGGCGAGAACAUGAAACUUUGAAGAAGAAGGUGCAGCCCAAGUUGUCUCUGUCUCUGUCAGGCAGUCUGUCUCGCAGCAGUGUUUCCACUCCGCCUCGCCACACCAGUGGAAACCUCACCCCUCCAGUCACCCCACCCAUCACCCCUUCCUCUUCCUUCCGCAGCAAUACGCCUACAGGUAGUGAGUGUGAUGAGGAGGAGGUAGACUUUGAGGAGUCUGAUAGUGACGAAUCGUGGACCACGGAGAGCGCCAUCAGCUCCGAGUCCAUCCUCAGUUCUAUGUGCAUGAAUGGAGCAGAUGAGAAGCCUUUUGCCUGCCCUGUGCCAGGCUGUAAAAAGAGAUACAAGAAUGUGAACGGGAUCAAAUAUCACGCCAAGAACGGCCACCGAACCCAGAUAAGGGUGCGCAAGCCCUUCAAGUGCCGGUGUGGGAAGAGCUACAAAACGUCUCAGGGUCUCCGCCACCAUACCAUCAACUUCCACCCACCCAUCUCUACUGACAUCAUCCGCAAGAUGCAGCAGUAGAGACCGAGUGAGCGACCAGCACUCUCCCUCAGGCCACUUCCCAACCAUCUGAACACCACCAUCACCAGCAGAGGCUGUUUCUCAUUCCACCCUUUUCAACCCCGCCCCCUCCCCCUUCUCUUCUCUCUCUUACCCCACUUUGCUAUGACACUAUUUUUGAUUGCAUGGUAUAAAUGUGUUAUUAUUCAUCCUUAACUUUUAUUAUGAAUGUUGAAUCUUUAUGUAUUUCACAGUUUUGUAUUUUUGCACAAUUAAGCUAUCAUUUAUCUAUCUGACUAUUUUGUUUCGACAUAUGGUGCUCGUUGAUGCUGAGGGCUCGCUGGAGACUGGAGAAUGGCCGCACCAAGUCACGAGUAGCCUUGCACGUACAGUAAGGUAUCCUGCUUUAAAGGCAGUGUGAAGUCAUAGGAGACUGGGGAAAGAUUUUUUUUUUUUUCCCAGGAAAGUAGGAUCCAACAGAGGCAAAUGCAAUCAAUCAGAAUGUGUGUGGUAUGACAUUCUCUAUCAGACUUAAUGUUAAUAAUCAGUUGUUUGACUCAGUUACUUUUCCUUUCAUAUCACAAGUAUUCCAAACCUUUUUUCAUCUGUUUUACUGCAAACACUUGUGUGUGAGCACCAAAGGAUGAUCUCAGGUGACGUUUGCAAGCAUUUCAGCACCACAAUCCUGCCCAAGCAUUCAGAUAGUAUUUAAUGCUGUUCAGUGGGAUAAUGGGAACUCAGUGUGUCAUAGCUGCCUAACGUUCCCGGUCACUUUCCUGACGACAUAAGCAGUUUUUUCUUGCUGUUUUUACAGCGAGGAAUCAAAGCACUUUUUGUAACAAGUUGCCAACAAAUUAGCAUUUUCUUUGCCAAUAUCUCGUUUCUGGUCUAUGUACAGUAGCAGCCAAAAACGAGGCGAAAAGGCCUUCAGAGCAGAAGUUUGCAAGUUCUACAUUGCUCCAAGGGAUGAUGUAUACCAAACCUCCAGUGUUUCCAGUAUUGUGAGAUUUCUGUAUGUGCAGUAGUUGCCUUGAAUUGUAAACCAUUCCAAUCAGUACAGAUCUUUGUAUGGCUUUAUUUUGACAGUUCAGACAAAAUCAGCUGAAUGCAGACAUUACACAGACAGCUCAGCCCAGACUGUCUGCUGUUCACUGACUCCCCACUCUUAUGAAACCAUGUGAUUGUGUUUGUCAUGGAUAGAGAAAAGCUGGGGCAGAUGUUAGCCAUGUAUUUAGCACAUUAAUGUUGGGCUGUGAGGUUAACACAUGCGGCUCCUACUUUGUGCCAUAAAAAUAUGUCUGUUGAAGGCAUAUACCAUCAAAUCCAUCCACUGAAGAGGAACACCACCUAAAUUAAGAACUGCAAUAAGUUACUUCCAUGGCAUAGGAAAGUCCGAUCAGUGUUUGUGAACAUGAGCUACUCUCCCUCAAAACCAGACAUCAGAGAAGUAAGUCUCAAACUUGUGAUGUCGUCAGGUAUAAAGUCUGGAGCUGUUCCACAGGCAAUGAAUGGGAGACUGAUUUUGUGGACCUGCAGAAUGUUUGGUUUUUUUUUUUUUUUAUAGCCAAUUGAGCUUUAUUCUGUUGUAAUGUCCUCAGUUCUGAAACAGACAAUGGACAUAUACAGUGGUGGAAAAAAGUUUUCGGACACCCUUAAAAUUGUACACAAUCUCAAAUAUUAUCAUGAAAUAUUUGUGGAAAAAUCUUUUUUGUGUUUCAAAAGGUGUGGCUGCAUUAGACAGAUACAAACAAAUACAAAUUAUAUUUUUUUGUUUAUUGUUUACAAGAAAAACUAACAAAACUAAAUUCUUGACAGUUUCAAUAUGUCAGUUCUCAACAUUGUCGGUAUCAAAGUCAACAAAUAACAGAGAAUGUGUUCAAAAAUGAACAAAAAAUAAAUAAACCAUCACAUCAUCAAAUUAAUAUUUAGUAGUCCUGCCAUUGGCACCUAGUAGAGCUCUAAUCCUGGCUGGUAUGUUCCCCACGAGCCUUUCACACUGUUGAGGGGUAAUCUUGUCCCAUUCUUCUUGAAUUACUGCUUUUAAUUCUUCUAAAUUCUUUGGUUUAUGCUUUGAAACAGACCUUUUGAUAAUCCACCACAGAUUUUCAAUGGGGCUCAUGUCCGGGGAUUGAGCUGGCCACUCUAAGACCUGGAUACUGUGCUCCUGCAGCCAAGUUCUACUGGCCUUGGAUGUGUGGCAAGAGGCAUUAUCUUGUUGAAACAUCCAGUUUUUACCUCAACGGAACAGUGCACGCGCAGAAGGGAGCAUGUGGGUUUCGAGAAUGGUACAAUACUUGGUAGAGUUCAAUGUGCCAUCACAGACAGUGAGAUGACCAACACCAGCAGCACUCAUGCAUCCCCAAACCAUGAUACUGCCUCCACCAUGAUUGACAGUAGGUACUGUGUACAUGCUGGAGAUAAUGCUUCGCCUGGCCUUCUGCGUACCCUCACAUUAGUAGGAGGAAGAUAAAGCUGGAAACUGGACUCAUCUGACCACAAAAUCUUCUUUCAAUUCCUGGCUGUCCAGUUCUUGUAUGCCUGGGCCCAAUGACGCCGGGCUAACCUCUGUCUCUCAUUGAUCAGGGGCUUCUUGAUAGCCUUGUAGGACCUUAAGCCAUGAUCUAAAAGUCAGCCACGUACAGUGCGGGUGGAACACUGGGCACCAGUUUGGUUUGACCACUGCUGCUGAAGCUCCUGUGAUGUCAUUCAGCGGUUUUGCCUGCACAUGCGGAUCAGGAUGCGGUCAUUUCUUGCUGAAGAAACCCUUGGACGCCCAGAUCUUGGUUUGUCUUCCAAGCUGUUGGUUCGUCUGUAUUUCUGCAGAGUGUAUCCAACUGCUGAAAGACUGCAUCUGCACUUCCUGGCUAUCUGGCGGCAGCUGUACCUUUCCUGAAGAACUUUCAAAUGUGCUGGCUUUAUGUAGACACGAAGCUUGGCAACAAAAAUUGUGUCUUUUAAUAAAAAGAACGACCUUCAUCACUGGUACCAAAAUGACCCAAUACUCAAAAUUUCUUAUGUAUUUUUAUGGAACCAAUCAAUUUUAAGUUCUUAAUGGCUUUUUUAGGAUUAUUUAGUAUUUUGGCUGUGACUGUACUAAAAGAAAUUGCACUUGAAGACCUAAGAGUGAUUCUUAAUGCAAUAUUUCACAAAUGCAUGGGGUGUCCGAAAACUUUUUUCCACCACUGUAUAGUCAGCGCAUUCCCCAUUCAUCUCCAACAUCUUUGUCAAUUCAUUGUCUAUGGAGCAGCUCCAGACUUUACACCCUAUGACAUUGCAAAUUUUACUUUCAGUACUUUGGAUUUGGGAGAGUUGUUCAUGUUUACUUAUAUUUCUCGACAGUCUUAGAUCAUAGGAAUGACAUGCAUGACUUUUGAAAAUGGGCAUAGUUCCCCUUUAUAUGCCACAAGAUUGGGGAUUUAAAAACUUUGAGCCAUUAUAAGUAACAUCUUCACUGCAUGGAUGUUAUCAUUGAGGAACUACGGUCCAAUUGAGAAUUGUGACAGUAUUGUACUGCCAGUAUGGAGGGAAGUCUUUGAUAUAGUGUAUAGUGAAUGUAUUGUUGUGUUAAGUGCAUUAAAUUAUAUUUUCAUAUGUUUCUGGAGUUAAAAAACCCAAUAGUAUAAAGUGUAUGAAAAGGCAACACCAGAGGUUGUUUGGAGAAACUAAUGGUGAUGUACUGUAUUUCUUCAAAAAGCUGCUUCAUGUAAACUUUUGUUACAUUUAGAAUAAAAAUUCCU